UCAUACCUCACGAGUAUCCGAUUAUGAGAUUUAUUAUAAUAAGAAACGUUAUUGUUAUAUUUAUGCUGAAAAUAAGAACACGAGGAUUACCGUUUGUGAUAAUUAAGUCCGGUUAGUUUGGAAGAUAAGUUUGCCGCAACUAAUAUUGGAACAAAAAAGGAUACAGGAGGAGAAGACGAGGAGAAAGGAAUCGUUGGGACAUUUCGUAAGAGAGAGAGAGAGAGAGAGAGAGAGAGAGAGAGAGAGAGAGAGAGAGAGAGAGAGAGAGAGAAAGAGAGAUAGAGACACAUAAAGACAGAGUUAGAGACAGAACAGAAAGAGAGAAAGAAAGAAAGAGAGAGAGAGAGAGAGAAAGAGUUCGACACGCGACGUAUCCCACCGCCUCGACCAGCCUCGUAUCGAUGAGCAUGCCGGUAGAACCAAUCAACGUGCGACGUAGGAUGGCCGUCGGUGAAACGGCCACGCCCAUCGACUCGCGAGAUUGGCAGUUGCGUUUAUCCGAGUCGUGCGCUACCGUGAGCUUAGUGGCCGGGCGAACGACUGUGGUGGGGAGAUCCACGGCCGAAUGCAACUCGGCACGACUUCGGGAUAACCGAAGCCCUCGAGCUCGAGCCUUUCGUGCGCGGCACACUCCCAAAACUAUCGUUCGUGGGGAAGGAUCGACGCUGCCGUGUACUUCCUACGUGCUUCUCCCUCGUGCUUCUCGGACAUUUCUUUAUUUCUCUCUCUCUCUUUCUCUCUCUCUCUCAUUCUCUCUCUUUCUGUCUCUCUCUCUCUCUCAUUCUCUCUUUCUCCUCCUCCUUCUCCUCACUCUCUCUCCUUUUCGCAUACGUUUCCUGAUUAAAUCAUUUAUUUCCUUUACUUCUUCAUAACGUAAUUCCUGUUAUCAUCGACGGAGCAGAAAACUACGAAUUUCAAGGAUGCGUCGGAUAACGUGACUCGUUCGUUCAUUCGUUUGUCCGUCCGUCCGUCCGUCCGUCCGUCCGUCUGUUCAUUCGUUCGUUCGUUCGUUCGUUCGUUCGUUCGUUCGCUCGCUCGCCUUCCUCCUCUUCUUCUUUUCGUAUACGACCUUGUGCGAUACAAUCAACAAAAAACGACGUCAUAUUAGAUACGUAUGUAUAUCGUGGAUUACCUGUUACCCUCGGAAACGUGAAACAAGUGCUAUAUCAUAUUGGACCAAGCCGAAAAUUAUCUGCUCCGAGUGAAUAUGAUCAAAUCGGUAGUGCAGUGACUUCCGUUUGUUAUUAUUUGUUGUUUGUUGUUGUUGCAUUAACUUCUGUAUAAUAAAACGUUUGAGACGUUAGUCUCAACCAACGGCAACAAAAUUGAGCUGGACUUACAUCAACGUGCCGCCGGCCACUAUAUGAGAGCCGGCGGCAACAUGUGCGAUGGCUCGUUCACGGACAGCCUACGAGGUAUGCAGGGUAUGCCCGGUACAUCUCCACCGGGUGCCACAGGGGUCGGUCCCAUGGGGGUUGCCCUUGGUAGCCCUCUUGGCCCUGCAGCCGUCAAGAAGGCACAGGUCGAACACAUAAAACGACCCAUGAAUGCUUUCAUGGUUUGGUCCCGACUUCAGCGACGGAAGAUAGCUCAGGAAAAUCCGAAGAUGCACAAUAGUGAAAUUUCCAAAAGGCUUGGUGCAGAAUGGAAGUUGUUAACCGAAGACGAAAAGCGGCCAUUUAUCGAUCAGGCUAAAAGGCUACGAGCGCAACACAUGAAGGAAUAUCCUGAUUACAAAUACAGACCUAGAAGAAAACCUAAAACAUUACGCAAAGAGGGAUAUCCUUAUAGCAUUCCUUAUCCAAGUGUUCCGAUGGAUGCUCUUCGAGCCGGAAUGGCUGGUAGCAUGGGACAAGCUGGUAUGGGACCAUAUUAUGGGCCUGCAGCGGCUUACGGUUCACUUUCCGCAGCCAGUAUGGCCGCUGCGGCUGCAGCGGCUGCUCAGCAAUCGGCAGCAGCAAUGUCUGCUGGUCUCGCUGCACCUGCACAAGUUGUCAGUUCCAUGGAUGCUAUGAAGUACUCGAUGGAGGCUGACAAGUACCGUGCCGCUUACAUGCCACCUAGCACUUUGGCGAUGAGCAUGUAUUCGGAUCCAAAGUAUCUCGAUUCAAGUCCAAAAUCUUACCUCGAUCGUAGCUACUUGGAUUCGGCGAAAGCUUAUUUCGAACAAUCGAAGCUUUAUAUGGACCAGAAACCAUCGAUAUCCGAUUACAAUCGGCCAAGUUACGAGCCGAAUAAACUUUAUGAGGAAUCAAGUCCUGGUAGCGUAACCGGUGGUGGUGGUGGUGGUGGUGGUGGUAGUGGUGCUGGUGGUCCUACAAGGUCACCAGCCGCCGAAUCUCCAGACAUUAACAAACAACAUGAGAGAACGGAGCAAGGAUCAUCCAGUGGUAGCUCGACAUCUACGUCAUCAGCAGCGAGUCCAGGUGCCAGUUUACCAACUUAUUAUCCUGGUCCAGUCCAAGCCAGCGGACUUUUGGGACCUCAAAUGGGCCAAUACAGUGGCUAUCAAACCGCACCAGCUCCAGGAAACGAAUCAUUCCGACGUCCACUCACUGUAAUCUUCUGACCCGAUAGAGCCUAGCUCUGAUCCAUCUUCGAAGAGCAAUCCUCCUGAAUACAACGAGUAAUAGCUCGCAUCAGGGUAAUAUGGUCCACGAAAAUAUCACGUUGAUCAUACGACUUCCGCCACGUGUCCUCAGAUUUUGUUCUUUUUUCCUUUUUCUUUUUCUUUUUUUUCCUUUUUUUUUGUUUUCAUCUUGAAUCUUCGUACGAUUUUCUUUCGUACAUUUUCUUUUCUUUUCUCUUUUCUCCUUUUCUUUCCUCUUCUUCUUCUUCUUCUUCUUCUUCUUGUUCUUGUUCUUUUUGUCUUUUAUUUCUUCGUUCUUUUCUUUUCUUUUUCUUUUUUUUUCUUUCUCAUUAAUAACUUCUAUUUUGUUUUCCCCGAUUAAUUUAUUGCAAGACAUAUUGUUAAGAUUUUAUUUUACACGAUCGCGUAUUACGUUUCAAAUUGUUUGCACAUCAAGAAUUUGUUGGGAAAAAAUUUGCAUUUUUCCUUUUAGCCAACAGGACUCGUGGUCAGAAAGUUUAAACAAAGAAAAAAAUUAAAAAGAAAAAAAAAGAAAAAAUACAAACAAAUAAAAAACAAAAAACGAACCAACGAAUCGCUGUCGUUUCUGUAUUUAUUUAAAGGAGAUAGAGGAUCUUUGGGUAAUACCGAUACCCAAAUUCGCCGUCUGACGAAGAUGGGAAAGAAAAAGAAAAAAAAAAGAAAAAGAAAACGCAGGAAAAUAGGAAUAAAACGAUGUGUGACUUUCACGAAUAUGAAUAUAUAUAAGUGAAAACAAAGAUCCGAUUAUAUUUAACGACAGAUUAUAAAGAUUUGUAAAUAGUCCCUCCUGUAAAUAGUGUAGCAAAGAGUAACUUUCUCACGUCAGUACGACGACGCUCGGAAAUUUCACUCUUUUUCCUUCGAUUGGGUCUCAUUCGCCUUUUCGUCCAUGUACUUUCAUCGAAGGAUUACAAAUCUUGAAUUUCAUAUUGAAGGUAUAGCUACACGCAUAUUUGAGCCUUAGAACGAGCAUUGUUGUUGUUAUUAUUAUUAUUUUUUUUUUUAAUUUUUUCCCCCUUUUUUUUAAUUUCUUCUUUCGUUUUCCUUUAACUAACUCGUAGAAAUUCAAAAUUUCGUUGGAAUGAAGUUCUUGUUAUGUCAAAAAAAAAAAGAUAAAUAAAUAAAUGAAUGUUAGUUUCUCAUCCAUUAAAUAGUGAUUAUAAUUGAAGGCGUAUCCGAAUUAGAAUUAAUUCCGUUCGUUCAAUUCCGCGUAUUCCUCGUCCAAAAAUUAUGAAUCUUAGAAAGGUGGGAUAUAAGAACGCACGGAUAAAAAGUUUGGAAAGUUAGGCGAAAUCAUGUUGACCCUUUAACUCCUUCCCGCUGUACGAUGUGUAACCUUUAUAUUUGUAUCGUUACGAUAAAUCAUAAACUUUAUCGAUUAUUCGAGUAUUACAUUACGAGCGGCAGAAAUAAUCUAUAAAUAUUGUACUGUAAGUAAGAAAGUAAAAAUAAAGGUUAAGUAUUAUCCUUCCAACUAGACAGAUGGUCUAAAUAGCUCUUGAUAUCAUACGAUUUCCUGCAUACAGUUUUAUCUAUCAUCGAUCAAUAGAAGGACGCUAACGAGCAAGAGUAAGUAGUAAAUAAAAUUUCUUUACCGAACGUUAAAUUCUUUUAUCGCGGAUUGAGUAUAGAAA